GAAAUCUCGAGAUAAAAUUUUAACAGAUGAUUUAAAGAAAGCUAAAAUACAAAAUGAACAGAUGUUAAGUAAGUAAAACUUGUGUCUCAUUUUAUUUACUUUGCUUUAUUCUGUUUGAAAAAGAGAUUUCACUUUUUAGAUUUAUUUCGACAAAGUGUUACGGAUGUUCAACUUGGUUCUGUUGAUAUAUUGCCCGAAGCUUUAAAAAGACAAGUGCAGAGAACGUGGCAUCAAAAGUAAUCUUCAAUAAUAUUUCAAUUUAAAUUGUAGUUGAAUUUUGACAUUAAAACUUAUAUAUACAUUUUAGAUAUGAUGCUUUAUUGUCACAAAAUGAACAUUUGAAGAAACAAAUUAAUGCGUUGAAUUACAAAAUGAAAGAAAAGCAGAAAGAGAUUCAACGUGAACUCUUACAUAUUUUAAGAGAUCAAAUUGGAGAUACUUUAAAUCUUCAUUUUAUAUUAAUCAGUGAGAUUAAGUUAAUUAAAAUUUAAAUAGAUUUGAAGUUGCGAUGAUUUAAAGUCAUAAACAGAAUGCAAUUUGAAAGAUCAAGUUCAGUUCUUUUAAAUGGACUCAGACAUCAGAGAUUGCAGGAAUUACUGAGGAUUGCCUGUGUUUGUCUGCUUACUCCAUUCAUCUUUAUUACUUUGAAUUUUUUAUAUAUCUAUCGUUGUUUGGUCGAAAUCAUUUUAAGAAUCCAGUUCAAGGGCAAGUUCGCCGGUUUCUUGAAAGGCACGGAUUGUGUAUGGGCCAUUGAAGAUGCUGUUUCCUUGUCCGUUAUCAAUAUCUUAAUGAUACUAGAGAAAUCCGCGCGAGAUUCAAAUGCGAUUUUUCUGGAAAACUUCAAGAACUUGGUGAAUGAUCGCAUUGUUUCAAAGGCUGCUGGUACGACGUUUGAAAAAUUAUUGUAUCGUCGAAGCCAAAAGUACGGUUACUAUUUUUGGGAGCGAAACGAAGACAUCGAUCUGAAAAAUAGGAUCGGAUGGCUGGAGUGCAAGAAUGCUGAUUGCGAUAGCUCCUGCGAGGAUGUAUCCAGUGAAUCCUUUAGGAAGAAUUUAGGAAACAUAUGCAAUAAACCAUUGCCCGAUGAUCACACAGCUGCCUGGGAGAUCCUCAUCGGGAAACGUUGUCCAAGAUCCAGAUCUCGCGUCGAAGAAGGCCGUUUGUCUCCCGAAGAGUGCUUCGAUACCGAUGCUUGCAAGAUUCCUAUAAUAUUUCGCGUCCAUCAUUCCUUGGGGGAUGGGAUAGCUCUUCUGGGAUUGUUGCUUGAAGCGAUCGCCGACAAAAACGAGACAAAAGUAUCAAAAACUAAGAAUAUCGUUUCAAUUAAUGCAAAUGAAACGAAUUGCAAAGAGUAUUUUUCAUCAUUGCAUAAUUCGGAAAAAAAUCUCUCGAAUGAGAUGAAGAAUCAGGAAAUUGUACAAUCCUAUGAGAAGAAUAUUCUCGCUGCAUCUAUGCCUUUUACUUAUAUGAGACUGCCUCGAAUUUUAAAAGAUUUACAAGAUCAUUUUCAUGUGUUAUUGAAAUGUUCUAAGAGCAUAACGAUCGAUUUUAUAAAACAGCAAGCGAAAAUAUCGAUCAAUCAUAUGUGGCUAAAUUUCAAAGAUAUAUUCCUGAAACAGGUGUACGAAAAUAUUAAACAAAUUGCACAAUUGAUGACUAUCAUCCUUUCUGCUCCAAAAUACUUGGCUCAACAGGCGGUUCGUAGUAUGGACGAAAACUCUCUACAUGGUCCACCACAGACGGGUGAAAAGAUAGUAUCCUACUGGUUAGAGAAUGAUGUCGACAAAUCACAGAAGCUCUUAAUGAAAGUUCGUAAAAUAAGAAAAAGUACAGGCGCUAAAUUUGGAGAUAUAAUAUUAGCUGCUUUCUCUGCUAGUGUACACAAGUAUCAUUUACGGAUCAAUAAACCAGUACCUGAUUCAUUAACAGCUAUUUUACCAAUAAGAAUGACAAUGGUUAAUGAAAAUAUGACAUUGGAUAACAAUUUUUCGAUUGCUCUCCUGCGGAUUUGUAUUUCCAACGCGAACGGACUAAUGAUCAGCGAGCCAAAUCAAGAUUCUCAAUUUUUUAAUCGUCUUCAGGAUAUUAUGAAAGCAAAUAAUGAACUCAAAAACAAUCCGGACAUAUUACUUAAUUUUUGGAUCAUGAAAUAUAUAUUUGCGAUAUUACCGGUGAAAAUUUUGAAAGCUCUUUUUUUAAGUCGUAGCACGAUGGUGUUCAGCAAUAUGUAUGGACCACAAAGAGUUCGUAUUCUCAAUAAUUCCUUGAGCAAUAUUGCUUUCUGGGUGCCAAACAAGAGUACAACUGCUCUUGGCUUUUCUCUAUUAAGUUAUGGAGAUAACUUACAUCUAUCUUUAAUGGCUGAUAAAUCAAUAAUAAAUGAUGAAAAAUCUUUUACGGAAAUUUUAGAAGAUACUGUGCAUGAAAUAAAUCAUGCAUAUAAUAGGAUCAUACUAACACACAUUUUAAAAUUGUCAGAUCUUCCAGUAGAAACACCCAUGGAAACAGGUAUCGGCGUGUUCUGAAACAAAAAACAUGGACAAUUGUUAUUGUAGAAACUAUUCAUCUUUUUUACAUACAUUUGAUACAAAAGAAUAUAUUUAUGUUAAGUAAA